AUGUCCACUUUGCAGUGCAUUUACGCGGACGCAUCGCACAGAGAGAACGCUCAGCUUGACCAGGAGCUCGCUGAAUGUAAAGCUCACAACGCGUUCCUUCGCGCCAAACGCGAAGAGCUAUCGACCACGAGGAGCAAGCUUGAAGUAGAGAAGCGCCAACUGCAGCAAACGAUAAAUGCGAGCCGUGCGGCGUUCAAGCGGACGUACGCCUAUUCUCUCUCCCUCAAGCUCUACCUCAGUCGGCUCAAGUGUAAUCGGGUCCUCAGGAUGCAUGCGGUGUAUGCCGAAGGAAAGGUCAUAGUGAGCGCAAUGGGCAACGCUGCAGCCACCCAGAAGGAGCUCGAGCACAUAGCUCAGGAGAUCAGCACGAUCAAGGAUAGGUGCGCGCGGAUCGAUCGCACCCUCCGCGCGAGAAAAGAAGCGGAGCAAUUGCGCGAGAACCUUGGAGCGCAGUUGGAUCACUUGCUACUCGAGAGUGAAGGCCUACGUGCCGCACAAGGCGGAGAGGAAGCCCAGAUCUCCGAACUUGAAUCCCAAACUGAGGCUCAGCUGCGCAAGCUUGUGGCAUCAGAGAAGAUCAGCGGAGAUCUCGCCGGUUCCUGGGCCAUACAGAAGGAUCACCUCGAGGCCCAAGAGCGCAACCUCAAGCAGCGCAUUGCACAGACGGAGACGAGGCUCGACGCCAUGGACAGAUGGCAGCCUGCUCCAGCCAGCGUGAGAGACGAGCCAGUCUCCGUUAUGCAGCUCAUGAACCAACUGGCGCAGCCCGUGGCCGCCGUGGCCAGUCCCAAGACCACCACUCUCAACUCGAUAUCUCGCCCGACAUCUGUUCAGAGUCCCAAGGCGCUUUCCUCCCCCGUGCCUGCACGAGCGGCGAUUCCCUGGUCUGCUCGCAUUUCCCAAGCCACUCUGGCAGCCAUGCCUCCGCCGAAGUCUCGCCCGGCCGCAUCAACCCCAGCAACUCCUCCCAAGGCCGUGCCAGCACCACCUUCGGCGUCGCCUUCAUCCGCCCCACGUGUACCUUCGGCGGCGCAGCAGCUGAAGCGUCCUGCUCCCUUCCAGAGGCGUACGUUCUCGAGGAUCUUCCUGGACGAGGAGCUGGCGCUCUACUCUCCGGCCAAGAAUGACGACGAACUGAGCAAGGAGGAUGAGGACCUCCUCGCACCGCACUGGUGA